AUGCCUGCGACCAAGCGAACGCGCAAGAGCCAGCCGAUCGCCCCUGCGAGUGGCUUGUCGCGCCGCAGCAGUGGAGGCCAGAGCGCAAGCACCAGAGCGAGCGACGCCAGCGACGGAAGACCAGCCGACGACGACGAUGACGACGACGAUGACGACAACGAUGAUGAGAAUGACAGCGACGAAGACGACGACGACGACGACGACGACGAGGACGAGGACGGCGACGAGGACGCAGCGGAUGACCGAGCCGGGGCUGCUGGUAAAGGACGAACGACGAGCCGCACUGCCGCUGCCGCUGCUGCUGCUGCUGAUACUGCUGCGAGUGCAAGCGCAAUGCAAAUGGUGGUGGACGAUCACGAGGACGCGUCGCAGUCGAGCGUGCAGCUGAAGGGCAUCGAGCAUGACAGCGAUUACGAGGCUGGCGGCGAUGUGAAAGGCCGUGGUGCUGGUCGCACUGAUCACGAUGACGACGGACGCUAUCACAAGAACAGCAAUGCUGCUGCCUCAGAUGACGAUGACGACGACGACGACGAUGAUGAUGACGAUGACGAUGCUGAUAAUGAUGAUGACGAGGACGAGGACGACGACGACGAAGACGACGGCGAGCACGAAGACGGACGUACAGAUCGGAGAGGAAACAGACGGCGGUCUGCCGCUGCUGUUGCUGCUGUUGCCAGCGCUCGAGGCAAGAGCAGCACGUCGUCCGCUCGAGGGAAGCGACCCGCUGCCACUGCUCGUACCGGCGCGGCUGCAGGUGCCCAACGAACAAGCCAGACGGCUGCCCGCGGCGGAGCAUUGGGCAAGCGAGGGCGAGGUCGAGGAGCGGCAGCGUUAACAGCAUCUGUCUCUGCCAGGCAGCAGCAGCAAUCACACGCUGUCGCUAUGGACGAAGACGGCAAUGAGGGGUCGGACAAUCGUGAAGACAAUGGCGACCGUCGAGAUGCAGCGUUGGCAGCCAGCAAAAACCCUGCUCAACCUGGAGCAAUCACAGUGGAGCACCUGCAGCUCCAAAAGAAGCUCUUACAGGCCAUCAUCGCUGGCACGGGAUCUGCCGUUGGAUCGGCAACCUCGUCGCUGGAGACACUGCCACUGAGUCGCGCUGCACUAGUAUUGGAGCUGUAUCACGAUCUGCUCGAAAAGGUGUUGACCGAGGUUGUAUUUUCAGUACACCGGCAAGCCAAGACCACCAUCGUCCCAGAACCCAACUCUGCAGCCUCCGCGGCGGCCAAACUUGGUAUUACUAGCUCCCGUCCGAUUGUCAACCGAUCUGGCUUGGAUGUGUUUGGCAAUGCUCCCAGCACGAUUGCAAACGAAACAUUCGAAUGCACCAACUGCCGGAGAAUUGUUGUGGCCUCGCGAUUUGCCCCGCAUCUUGAAAAGUGUCUUGGUGUUGGCGGUCGCAGCCGCGUCAGCAGCAGGCGCUACAUUCCACACACAGGGUCGACAUUCCCUCCAUCCAAAACCACACCAGCACCCGUUGCGCCGACUCCGACACCACCCGUGCCUCCUUCUCCCGCUUCAGCAGCUUCAGCAGAGCCGGCAGCUUCAUCGUCGUCGGCCAACGUCAACAGCAGCAGCAGCAGCAACAACAACAACAACAACAACAACACCCACAACAGCACAUCUCGAAACAACACAAUCAGCCAUGCUGACGACGCCGGCAAUGUCUCUGACUCUUCCAUUUCAGAGUUGGAGGACACAGAUUUGAGUGAAAGCACUGGAUCACUGGCAUCCUCUUCUGCCAAGCCGUCUGCAAAGCGACCAAUUGGCCGACCGAAGCUGUCAGAGAUUUCCAAAGGAAAAACCAUUGCCCACAACGUUGUGAGUGGGAGCUCGGCUUCCCCACUUUUGGUCGCGUCGGCGGCAGCGCCCGCCACGUCGUCGGCUGCCCCUACGCAGCCACCAUCUCCAUGGAAGGGCUCUCCACAGCCCGCCACCGACUCGCCAUAUGCUCCGUAUAGUUAUCCGCUUCCACCACGAGCAGCCCAGCCGAUCCAGCCACCGGCGAUGGCUAGUGCCAUGCAUAGUCCGUAUGCCAUGCCAGCCCCAAGCAUGUUUGUCCCCUACUAUGCGGCUGGCGUCAACGGCUUGCAAGAUCCGCAAGCUCGCGCCUCGCCUUCAAUGACCCCUGCCGGGAAAUCCUUGGCCGAACUUCAAGCAAUAUUUAAUCAGAAUUGCGGUGUUUUGUCAACCAACACGGGCAAGCUCUGCUCCAAAUCUCUCCGUUGUCCACAGCACACGGACGAACAGCGCGCUGCAGUUCGCGCCCAGUUCCUUGAUUCCUAUGACACAUCCUCCGUGGCCCUAUCGGCACAUUACCUUGGGACACAGUCAGGUUCUGAUACUGCAGAUUUAGGUGAUCGGAGCUCCAAUAAUUCGCCAUUUUUGACGUCUUCACCAACCGGCCAGCCAAUCAAGAAAAAGAAAGGCCGCCCACCGAAGAAGGCUCGCCUUGACGAUUCUCUUGUGGUGCGAUCGACUCCGUCCCCACUGCACAUUCACCCGCUCGUUGCACCUGGUUCGCAUCGGCGAACGGUGAGCGUAUCUGAUGAAGUGGUCGACGUUGUUGGGAUUCAUUGAAGGUCCAGAGCGCAGCGUAACCCUUUUUUUGCAGCUAGAGUGAACGUGGAUGAUGUAUCGUCACGCGCUGUAGUCUUUGUGUUUUGAUGGAAUUGACGUUAUGUACAAUAAGAUAUGAUAUUUUGACAACGACGAA